ACAAGUGACGGGCAGCAUGAAGGUCUGCAGCAUACCCGGCCUCCUCCUCUGCCUCCUGCCCCUGGUCCUGUCCUCCCCUCUAUUAAAGGGAAGACCCAAGGAUACUGGAAAAAACCCGCACUCUGCCACCGACUACAACCUGCCCGGAUCGUCUGAACGCUGCACAGAUGAAGGAUUUGGCGCCAUCUCCUUAGACGAUAAAGGGGUGAUGCAUUUCUUUAGAGGAGACUCUGAGUGGACGGGAUUCCAGGGACCAUCACGGGCUAUAAAUGAGAGCUGGGCCGGGGUGACCGGACCUAUAGACGCCGCGUUCAGGAACUACAAUGAGGAUAAACCACAGGAACAUCAGAGGACCUACCUCUUCAAGGGUGGCCAGGUCUGGAGUUUCUUUGAAGGCGUUCCGGUGAGUGGUUUCCCGCGUCCCAUCAGCCAAGAGUUUCCUGGGAUCCCAGACGACCUGGACGCGGCUGUGGAGUGUCACCGGGGCGAGUGCAGGACCGACAGCGUCCUUUUCUUUAAAGGUGGCACCGUGUAUAUUUACAGCCCUCAGGAUAAGCCGGCCAUAAAGCAACGUAGCUGGGCCACCCUCGGGAGAUGUACGGCUGCGCUCAGGUGGAUGGAGAAAUAUUACUGCUUCAAUGGCGUCAACUUUACGAGAUUCGAUCCAGUGAGCGGACAGGUUCUGUCUCCACGACCGCUGGACACCAGAGAUUACUUUGUCAGAUGUCCAGGGAGAGGACAUGGUCAUGCUGCCCGGCAGAACGCCACCCUUGUGUCCAUUCAGAACCGCUGCAGCAAUAGAUCCUUCGAGGCGUUCAGCUCUGACGACAAGUCCCGGACCUACGCGUUCCGAGGGGGCUGGUACUUCCGUCUGGACAGCAGUAAAGAUGGAUGGCACGCCUGGCCCCUAAAUCACACCUGGAGUAACCUGCAGGGGACGGUGGAUGCUGCUUUCACCCAUCAGAAUCGGAUGUAUUUCAUUCAGGGGACCCAGGUCACAGUUUACUUGUCAGAACAAAUCUUCAUCCCGGUUGCAGCUUAUCCAAAGGCCAUAGAGGAGGAAUGGGAGGUGCCCGGGGUGACCGCAGUGGAUGCCGCCUUCACCUGCCCGCACUCCAGUGACUUGUAUCUCAUCAGAGGGAACAAGCUGACACUUGUGGAUCUAACCACUCGGAAACGCUCUGGUGAAGACAGGACCAUCAUCCACGAUGAGCUGGACAGCGCCAUGUGUAACACUCACGGCUUGUACCUCUUUCGGGGUCAGUCCUUCUACCACUACAAGGAUGUGACGGAGCUACUCUCCAACGUGAAAGCUCCGCCCACCAAGAACAUUGCAUCCUACUUUCUGGACUGUUAGAUAGAUGGGGCAGCAGCGCCCAGGUGGGUCUCAAAUAUGGAGAUAUUUCCACCAUCUUAGUAGUAGAUUUGAUAUUGAGAUGUGUCCUCCUAUAAUGAUGUAUAUGUUUAGUGUUCUUUAAGGACCUUCAAAGAUCUCCUAGACCUCGUGCAUGGUCAUCACCACUGGUAUAUAGACCCAUAGACCUGAGGACUGGGCCCUCCUGUCGUCUCAUCACGAGUGCCCCUCACUAUACAGGGUCUGCAGAGACCACUGCUCAUCAGGAAAGCUGAAGCCAUACAUUGUUAUAUCCUGCUGGUGGGCAGAGCAGAGAACCCCAAUAUGACAUCUAUAUACCCUCCUAGGCACUCAAAGCCAAAAGAGUCCAGCCAUGUCCACAAGCCUGUGGUAUUUGGGGGACAUGGUCCCAUGCUUGUCCCUUGUCAUAUGAACAGAGUCUAUAGAUGGGUUUGCGACCUGUUUCCCAGUUUUGUAUGUUCGUUGGCUCUUUGGUUCUCUGUUGCCUUUAGGAGGCGUUGAGUCUCUAGAAGCGCCCCAUCUUAUCAUCUCUUGGUAUUGGGUCUCUAUUUUGGCUCUUUUCACACUGUGUUUCACAUUGUCCCUGGAGGUCCUGUGUCAUCCAAUUUAAUAGACGCCCCUUAGUAGCAUGGAGGCCUCCUGUCUGUAAUAGCACAUAUCUGUCGUAAAUUAGCUGAAUAGAGACUAAAAGGAAACAUCAAUGGACUGUUUGUUAAUUAGGGACCUAUGGAAUUGUUGGGUUCUCAGGGGACAAAGGGGAUGUUGGAUUUUAAGUGCCCAAUCCUUUUGUUCUCAGGAAGAAAAGUUAAAAAGUUCCUGGCCAAAACAACGAACAUACAUAUGGGGGGGGGGGGGAACACGC